AUGAAUGUCACUACGUUUUCCACAACAAAUUCAACUGGACUACACAAUAGUCUGCAAGUGGGAAUUUAUAUCAUCAACCUCUUGUUUAGUUUUCCUGCUCACUCCUAUGUGAUACGACUCAUCAUCACCGGAGCCGGAAGUGGAAUUGCAGCGGAGUUCUUCGUCCUCACUUCCUCGGUUUGCGAGAUCGCUAUCUGUCUGAAAACUUUGAUCUUUGUACUGUCAGUGUGGCUUCAGAGUUUGUCAAUAUUGGAUCAGUUUUUUGUAGGCUUUACCACUACUGGUCGUCCUCUGUUUCAGUGUCUGAUCUGUGUGGAGCGUUACCUGGCAGUGGUUCAUCCUGUAACCUUUCUGAAGUACAAGCCUCUCAGAUACAGACUGAUCUGCUGCACUGCUGCCUGGAUAUUUUGUUUUGGAUCUUGUGUGUUUUGUAUGUUUACUUUAAGCUCGUACCAAAGCGCCUAUUUAUUGUUGUUUAUCAUGCAGCUAACAGUCUUCCUCUCCAUCAAGUAUUUUUGCCUUUCGGCUGUUCUCAGAGCUCUGAAGCAGUCAGGACCAGGAGAGAGAGGGAGAGAGAGAGAGGAGGAAAACCCCAUGAAGAGAAGAGCGUUUCAUCUCAUUCUAAUAACUACUGUAAGCACAAUUAUCGCAUAUGGCCCAUUUACUAUUGCAUCAAUCAUAAGCAUUGUGCAAAUCCCUUAUUUGAAUAUUAUGACAGUUUGGGUUUCAGCUUUGAUCUGUUUUUUUCUGGCUGGUUUUGUUCAGCCGGUUCUAUAUCUGCAACGCACUGGAAAAAUACCUUUCUUCUAUUCCCCAAAAGUUUAAAAUUCCACUAACUAUUAUUACUUUGUGGAAAAAGGGCAAUAUAAAUAUAAUAGUCCUGUCAGUUUUGCCAUUGACUGUCAUAUAAAACCAUUUGUUGUGUUAAACUUUACAUUUGUCUUUAAAAGUUUUUGCAUAUGAUGUUUUGGUGUAUGAAUUCAAACAUAUAUAUUCCUUGUGACUGAAAUCAGAUUAGAAAAAGUAUUUACAUCUCCAGUCAUUGUAAAAAAUACAAGCUUUCAACAUGCUUGCUAUAUCGUUAGAACGCUUGAAAGUUCCCGGAUGUGUUCUUGACAUCAAGGAUGUAAGGAAUGCAUAAUCCUUAGAACAUUACAUCAACCUCACCACAAAUGAAGAUUCAGUUCUGUCUGGUCUGACGUACAACAGUCUGACUAUUUGUUUUUCAAGCAUCAAAUUACCGGUCUUUCAACAUACUGCUAUGUUGAAUUGUAUAUUGUGACAGAGGGAGG